UGCGUCACCCGGCAACGGGACGUCUCCCGCCCUCUUUCCUCAGUCGCCCCGCCUCCCUUCCUCGCGUCACCAGGCAACAAAACGUUUUCCUGCAGGUCUCGUUGUGCCCCGCCCUCUUCAGCGCGUCUCCUGGCAACACUGCGGGAGCACCGGUCACGUGACGUCUGUGUAGCGCGGCGGAGGAGGUGAGGAGGGUCACGUGGCUGCGGUAAAGAUGGCGGCUUGUUCCUCAUAGCUGAAGGGGGGAGAUCUUCAAUGGAUAGCGAGAUUCAGAAGGACGGUCGGAUUUUAGAUUUAGUUGAUGACGCCUGGAAGGAAGAUAAAUUACCGUAUGAAGAUGUGACAGUUCCACUGAAUGAACUUCCAGAGCCUGAACAUGAUAACGGCGGGGCGGUGGAGUCUGUUAAAGAGCAAGAAAUGAAAUGGGCGGAUCUGGCUUUGCAGUACCUGCAUGAAAACAUCCCUGUGUCAGGGAACUAAAUGCCUCUGGCUUGCUCGGAUCUUAAAUGUUUGGAACAAGGUUACAUUUGAUUGGUUGCUUUUUCACUAAAUAAAUUGAUAAAUGCAAUGUU